AUGUUCCGAGGCACGCCAGGACUAGGCCUCAGGGGCCUGAAGCGGGGUGAGGAUUCCGUGGAGGACGUGGGGCGUUCUUGCCCCGAGGUUGGCAGGGAUUUCGGAGCGCUAAGGCGCAGCCUGGACGAGGCAGAGGAGGUGGCCGGCAAGAAGCGCGAGCGGCCGGCGCGGUCCAAGGCGCGGCGCAUGGCAGCCAACGUGCGGGAGCGCAAACGCAUCGUGGACUACAACGAGGCGUUCAAUGCGCUGCGCAGGGCGCUACAGCACGCCCCGGGCGGCAAGAGGCUCUCCAAGAUCGCCACGCUGCGCAGGGCCAUCCGCCGCAUCGCCGCGCUCUCCCUGGCCCUGCGCGCCAGCCCCGCGCCCCGCUGGCCCUGCGGCCACCUGGAGUGCCACGGCCACGCCGCCCGGGGCGCGGAGGCCGGGGACCCGGACCCCAGCGGGCCGCCUGCUGCGGCGCCUGGCCUCGCGCGCAGGGACCUCGCCAGCCCCUCGGCGCCGCGCCGCGCUCCGUGCUCCCCGCUCGCGCCCUCGGGGCGGCCCAGGGUGGUGGCCGAGGUGCCCGGCUUGACCCAAGGCUCCGGGGGAAGCUGGCGCCGAUGUCCCGGGGCGCCCCACGUUGGACCCAUUCCGUGGCGGUGGGGCUCCGCGCUGGGCUACCAACACUCCUGACCCGGCCCGCGGGAUCGGAAGCCUGAGUGACUACAAAGGAGAAGACCGCAAAACCAUCCCCAACAGGGCAGAACGGAGUGGCCUGCGACCCGAGUGGCGGGG